AUGGUCCAACAGAUCAGCAAGAGUGCAAAUAUCGACAACGCACCUCAACACUCCCCUCGGCCUCUCUCUCAUCGGCAGCGUGCCCGCAAAACAAAGUUGGAUACGCUGGCGCAAGUUACGAGUCUUUACGUAAGUAAAGAUGAGUUCUUUUAUCCCCACAACCCAGCGAGCAAAAAUGUCCUCGCCAAUUGUCCCCAUCAAAAUAUUAUUGAUGCGAUCAAUGUCGUUACCGCUAUCGGUAUUUUCCUUAAGCGGUCACCGGACCCCCUAAGCAACCCCUUUCCAAUUCAUUCUACGACUUCUUUUUACCAUUGGUUACUUUAA